UGUAUUUAUUGGCGCUCUGACUCCUCGUUUGUCAUUUACAUGACUAUAAAUGCCGCAGAUCACAUUUCCAAUACGGAGUCAAAAGCAUCAGUCCUGAUGGAAGGUGAAUCCACAGAGAGAAGCGCAGCCGCCCCAAAGCUGCAGUUUGCCCCCUUCUGCAGUGCCCUGGAGGCAGGAUUCUGGCAUCAGCUCACCCAGAAGAAACUCAACGACUUCCGCUUAGAUGAAAGUCCAAAAAACAUCAAAGGCUAUUACUAUAACGGUGAUCCUGUUGGCUUGCCGACACGCUUGACACUGGAGUUCAGCGCAUUUGAAGUUGAUGGACCCACGCCUGCUCGCUGUUCUCCAGCCCCUGGAACUCUGUACAACACCAACACAUUAGAAGCCUUCAAAACCACUGACAAGAAAGCUCUUCUGGAUAAAGCAGCCAAUGAGAUUUGGAGCGCUGUUCAGUCAGGGGCUGCGCUGGAAGACUCUUCCAUCCUAAACAAAUUCAUCCUCUUGACAUUUGCGGAUCUGAAGAAAUAUCAUUUCUAUUAUUGGUUCUGCUUUCCUGCCCUUUGCUUUCUGGAGGGGGUCCAGCUGGUGCAGGAGCCGGUGUCAUUAGAGCGCAGUUUCUCUGCCAGACAGAUAUUAAGCUUGCAGACGGCAUAUGACAAUCUUUGCGCCUCAAGUGGUACGACGGCAGUUCCACAUUUUCUGCUCAAGUACACAGAUGAAAGUGUUGAAGUUGCUCGUCUAAAAGACUUGAACUCCUUCUUCCCAGACCUAAAGAAGAUCACUGUGGGCGUGUAUGACCCAUGCACACUGCCUCAACAUCCUGGCUGGCCUCUCCGAAACUUUCUCAUCCUCCUCGCAAAAAAAUGGGGUUCACAGCUGGAUGUUCUGGAGGUUCUGUGCUUCAGAGACAGAACUCUACAAGGGAGCCGCUCAAUUCGGCACAGCAUCAUCUUUCGGGUCAAGCUUCCAGACCUGACAGCUUCUGCAGUAUGUCCAAAGAGUGUGGGUUGGGAGAAGAACUCCAAAGGAGCGAUGGGACCUAGAAGUGUCAAUCUCAGUGAAUGUAUGGACCCUAAAAGGCUUGCUGAGUCUUCUGUUGAUCUCAACCUGAAGCUGAUGCGUUGGAGGCUGGUCCCAUCUCUGGAUCUGGAUAAGGUUGUGUCGACAAGGUGUCUGUUACUGGGAGCUGGAACACUGGGCUGCAAUGUAGCAAGAACACUGAUGGGCUGGGGUGUGAGGCACAUUACUUUUAUAGACAACGCAAAGAUCUCCUACUCAAACCCAGUGCGACAGCCGCUCUAUGAGUUUGAAGACUGUUUGAGUGGAGGAAAAGCUAAAGCUCUCGCUGCUGUGGACAGACUGAAGAAGAUAUUUCCUGGUGUGAAUGCAGAGGGCUACAACAUGAGUAUCCCAAUGCCAGGCCACCCAGUGAACUUUUCUGAGUUGACAGUGGCUCAAGCUCGGCAGGAUGUGGAACAGCUGGAGAAGCUUAUCUCUGAACACGAUGUGGUCUUCCUGUUGAUGGACACUCGUGAGAGCCGCUGGCUUCCGACAGUCAUCGCUGCUAGCCAGAGAAAGUUAAUAGUUAAUGCUGCUCUGGGAUUCGACACGUUUGUGGUAAUGAGACAUGGCCUUAAGAAACCCAAGGAGUCACAGUCUGAAGUGUCUAGCCCCAUGUCUGCUUCCUCCAACUCCUCGUCUUCUUCCACACCAGCAGCCUCCAUCACACCAGGAGCGUCUCUGUUCUCCAACAUACCCGGACAUCGUCUUGGCUGCUACUUCUGUAAUGAUGUGGUCGCCCCUGGAGAUUCUACCAGAGAUAGAACUCUAGACCAGCAGUGCACGGUGAGCCGCCCAGGGCUGGCCAUGAUUGCCGGAGCGCUGGCCGUGGAGCUGAUGGUCUCUAUACUCCAGCACCCAGAGGGAGGUUACGCUGUGGCCAGUAGCAGUGAUGACCGGAUGAAUGAACCUCCAACCUCACUGGGUCUCGUCCCCCAUCAGAUUCGAGGAUUCCUGUCAAGAUUUGACAACGUUCUUCCUGCAAGUUUGGCAUUUGACAAAUGCACUGCAUGCUCACCCAUAGUUCUUGACAACUACGAGCGAGAAGGUUUUCAGUUCCUAGCCAAGGUCUUCAACUCAUCUCAUUCCUUCCUGGAGGAUCUGACCGGCUUGACUUUACUCCAUCAGGAGACACAGGCAGCUGAGAUCUGGGACAUGAGUGAUGACGAGAGCAUUUGAAGGACUCUGGACCAAACUGCUGGAGACACCAAAUGAGGUUCCUUUAACUGGCUGUGAUUUUCAUGGCAGCUCGUUUUCAGACAUCCUGUUAUAACUGCAUAUGGUGACCUCACUCCACAUGGAUCUCUCAUGAUGUACUUGUUGAAAUAUUCAUCUUAAUCAUUCACAUUCUACCUGUCAGUGCUUGUCUGUGUCAGGAUAGAUGCCAGAAUUAAAGUGAUGCAAAUAAACCAAUGCUCUUGUCUAAGGGACCGUCCACCCAAAAAUUAAACCACCCUCAUGUCGCUCAAAAACCCAAUGGCUUUUAAACACAAAAGAAGAUAUUUUGAAGAAUGUUGGUAACCAAACAGUUCACAGUAUCCAUAUUAUACAAGUCAAUGACUACCAACAGCAGUUUGGUUAUGUCAGUCUUCAGAAGUCGAAAGUUUGGAAUGACAUGAGGAUGAGUAAAUGAUUUUUGGGUGACAAACAGUCAGCUGUUCUUUAAGCCAUUGUUGUUGACCAAGAUCCUGAUUUCAUGCAUUCUUUAACUGGCUUAAUGUUCAUUAAGAGUAUUAUAUUGUUUAUGGCAGGGGUCUGAAUCUUCCUUUAGUUCAGUGGUAAUGCAAACACACCUGAACUGAGGAAUUGUGUUGCAGGUCAGUGUAAAAUAACAGCACUAAACUCUUGGUUUGGACUGUACAUCCAGUCACUCAAUGUCAUCUCUGUCCUGUAUCACUGCACUGUAACUGUCUAGAAAUGUGGCAUUCUUUUUGACAUUUGUUCUCAUAAUAAACAAAAUAUAUUCACAUAGUGAA